GAUGCAUAGAGAGAGAGAGAGAGAGAGAGAGAGAGUAUUACAUGAGGUUUGAUUAGAUAGGACUGAGAUUAGAGAGAAGAAAAAAGAGAAAAAGAAGGAAAGGGAAAGGGCAAAAAAAGGGUGGGGAGAGAGAGAGAGAGGGAGGGAGAGAGAGAGAGAGAGAGUGAGUAAAAGCAGGAAUUUGGGUGAUGGUGGAAGUGCGGUUGCUGGCUCCAUUUGUCUGUAGAUUUCUGCUAUCGAUGUUCUUCUCGAAUCCCGGUAAUGGUGGAGGAAUCACCGUCGAAGGCAAAGGCGGCAGCAGCAUCUUCAGCGGCAGCAGCGGGGGCAGCGGCUUCUGGGCGACGACGACGGGUGAUGCCAGCAAGGUAGCGAUCGCGGUGACGGCCAUGGCAGGCCUGGCCUUGGCCGCCACAAUCAUCUACUCCCGUAGGGGCAAUCUGAAAUCUCCAUGGUCUCGUAGGAGAAGAAAGCAUGCCCUUUCACCUCAACAAUGGGAAAGUCUACUUUCACCAGAUGGAAAGCUCCGAGAUGGAGUGAAGUUUUUGAAGAAAGUUCGCAGUGGAGGUGUUGACCCAAGCAUUAGGCCCGAGGUUUGGCCUUUCCUCCUUGGAGUUUAUAGCCUGAAAAGUUCCAAGGCAGAAAGAAAUGUUAUCAGGAUGAAGAAAAGAAAAGAAUAUGAAAACCUCAGAAGACAAUGUCGGCGACUCUCAAAGCAAAGCAAUGAGAGUUUUAAGAAGUCCAAAGAAGUUGGUGGUAGCCAAUCCAGAGAGAGCAGCAGUUUUAACCAGAACCCGGAUUCUCCUGGUUCCGAAGAUGUGGUUAGCGCGAGGCAGUCACUUUCCAUGGAAGGAGCAAGCCCAGAUAACCUGGAAGUAGAUCUCCAAGUGCAUGAGGAGGAAUCUCAUUCCAAGACAUUGAUGGAAGAAGAAGAAGAAGAAGAUAAUGAGAGCGGCAUCACCUACAUUGAUGCUUAUGCUGCAGAUACUGAAUCUUCAGGGUUUGAAUCCUCAGGUGAAGAAUCUGAAAGCACUCAGUUGCUCCGUGCAACUGAAGAGAUUGAAGAGAGCAAUCCCAAGGUCACCAAGACUGAUUCAUUCAAUGGAAGAAGAUUCAAAGUUCACACAGCUGAGGAUUUUGCUACAUGGCAAAGAAUCAUUCGCCUUGAUGCUGUGCGGGCCAAUGCUGAGUGGAUCGUCUAUUCUCCAUCCCAGGCAGGGGUACCGGAGGAAAAGGCACAGGAGUUUGCUGAGGCAGUUGGGUUAAAAGACUAUGACCACUUGGAUCCAUGCAGGAUAUUCCAUGCGGCCCGCUUGGUGGCCAUCCUUGAAGCCUAUGCCAUGUAUGACCCUGAAAUUGGUUAUUGUCAAGGGAUGAGCGAUCUGCUCUCACCCAUAAUUGCAGUGAUGGAGGAGGACUAUGAAGCCUUCUGGUGCUUCGUGGGGUUCAUGAGGAAGGCCCGCCACAAUUUCAGACUUGAUGAAGUGGGGAUCAGGAGACAACUUAACACAGUGUCAAAGAUCAUAAAGUCGAAGGACUCUCAUCUCUACAGGCAUUUGGAGAAGCUGCAGGCGGAGGACUGCUUCUUCGUGUACAGGAUGGUGGUGGUGAUGUUCAGGAGAGAGCUGAAUUUUGAGCAGACUUUGUGCUUGUGGGAGGUGAUGUGGGCGGACCAGGCAGCAAUAAGGUCAGGCAUUGGGAAGUCUGCAUGGGGAAGAAUAAGGAUGCGGGCCCCACCUACAGAAGACCUGCUGCUGUAUGCAAUUGCGGCCUCUGUGUUGCAGAGGAGGAAGCUGAUCAUUGAAAAAUACAGCAGCAUGGAUGAGAUCUUAAGGGAGUGCAAUAGCAUGGCUGGGCAGCUAGAUGUAUGGAAGCUUCUGGAUGAUGCCCACGACUUGGUGGUGACCCUCCAUGACAAAAUAUAGAUUGGGGCCCACUUCUAAAUGGUACUUUCUCAUUCUUCGUCAUCUUAAUCUUAUGGGGUUCACCACGUUUCCACAGUGCUUGUAACAAUCAUUUCUGGGAAACCGUUUCUACAAACUGAAUGUGGUGAUCGCCAAAUGUAUUAAUUUCAAUGCUUUUGUGGUAGUGGGAAAAGCUACGUCGGAGAAUUCCUGCUUAUAGAGAUCUUCUUUGGACCAAAGAGGCUUUUGGAAGUACUAAAAAAUGUUACAAUUGCCCCCUUUUCUAA